AUUUUUGUGUUUUUGUGAUUUAAGGUCCUGGCACCACUGCCCAUCGGAUUUGCCGUGUUCAUGGUACACUUGGCCACUAUUCCAAUCACCGGCACCGGUAUCAACCCUUCUCGUAGUUUCGGAGCGGCUGUUAUGUUCAACGAGGACAAGAUAUGGGAUGACCAUUGGAUUUUCUGGGUUGAACCUAUGAUUGGAGCUGCCAUUGCUGCAGUGUAUCACCAGUUUAUCCUAAGGGCAUCUGCUGCUACAGCUAUGGGAUCCUUCAGGAGCAGCUCCGCCAUGUAAAACAAGUGUUGAAGUAAUAAAUCCCAUAGCCAAAAGGUCGAGCAAAGGCUGCCAUGGAUGAUGUUUUUUCAGAGCUUUGAAUUUGUAAAUUAUAAUCAAAAGUGUCGUGCUUCUGUCUUUGUAUGUGGCACUUAUUGUUAAUGUGCCCCAACUAUGCUUUAUUUAAAUGGAAUUCAGUUCAA